CCAUUGCUGUUGCUAACGCCAUUUUUGUUAUACACUCGAAGCUUCAUAAGGUGAUUUUUUAUUACUCAUAGGCGAAAUGCAUAAGUGCGAAAGAGAAAGUCGUAUAAGAUAGCAUUACGAAGCUGCUACUGACCCGAAUAUUUUCUUCAAAGCUUAUUUACGACGUUUCUCAUUGUCUAUGCUGUAGAUACGCAUCCCGAGCGAUACAUACGGUGUAAAGUUUAGUAACAAAUGUAUAGUAAAAAUGAAGGAAAACGCUGUACUUAAGUGGCAAAAAGUGUACAAUCCUAGUGGCCCUCAACCGAGACCCCGCCAUGGCCAUCGGGCGGUCGCUAUAAAAGAUUUGAUGAUAGUUUUCGGCGGCGGAAACGAAGGGAUCGUUCACGAGCUUCACGUCUUCAACACCACCACCAACCAAUGGUUCGUCCCGGUCACGAAGGGAGAAGUUCCUCCGGGAUGCGCCGCCUACGGCUUCGUCGUCGACGGCACCCGUCUGCUGGUGUUCGGCGGCAUGGUAGAGUACGGCAAGUAUUCCAACGAUCUGUACGAACUGCAGGCUUCCAGAUGGGAGUGGAAGCGGCUGAAACCCUUGCCACCCAAGCAAGGCCUGCCGCCGUGCCCGCGCCUCGGACACAGCUUCACGCUGCUGAACGGUAAGGUGUACCUGUUCGGGGGGCUGGCCAACGAGAGCGACGACCCCAAGAACAACAUCCCGCGCUACCUGAACGACCUGUACACGCUGGAGCUGUACCCCAACUCGUCCAUGACCGUGUGGGACAUCCCGCUGACGUACGGGCAGUCGCCGCCGCCGCGGGAGUCUCACAGCGGCGUGGCCUACACCGACAAGAGCAGCGGCAAGUCGUCGCUCAUCAUCUACGGCGGCAUGAGCGGCUCGCGGCUCGGCGACCUGUGGGUGCUGGACGUGGACAGCAUGUCGUGGGCGCGGCCCGAGCUGGGCGGGCCGGCGCCGCUGCCGCGCUCGCUGCACACGGCCACCGUGGUGGGCCGCCACAUGUACGUGUACGGCGGCUGGGUGCCGCUCGUGCCCGACGAGUCCAAGCUGGCCACGCACGAGAAGGAGUGGAAGUGCACCAACACGCUGGCCUCGCUCGACCUGGACACGCUCACGUGGGACAGCAUCGCGCUGGACAAGUUCGAGGAGUGCGUGCCUCGCGCGCGCGCCGGCCACAGCGCCGUGGCCAUCCAGACGCGCCUGUACAUCUGGUCGGGCCGCGACGGCUACCGCAAGACGUGGAACAACCAGAUCUGCUGCAAGGACCUGUGGUACCUGGAGGUGGGCGUGCCGCCGCAGGCCGGCCGCGUGGCGCUGGUGCGCGCCGGCACCACCUCGCUGGAGCUCAGCUGGCCCGCCAUGAACACGAUCACCACGUACCUGCUGCAAGUGCAGAAGUGCGGCAAGGUGACCCCGGCGCGCUUCCCCGCCGCCGCCGAGCCGGUGGCCGCGCCGCCGCCCGCCUCGCCCGUCGCGCAGCCGGACGCGGCCAAAGCCUUCGGGCUGGCGUCGCCCGUGCCCGUCUCGCCCGCCGCGCCCGCCGACCCGCCCGCGCGGCCCGCCGUCGCCGUCGCGUCACCCGUUGCCGCGAUCACCGCGCCGGUCGCGUCCACUCCGCAGAAAGUCAUGGCGGGCGCGAUCAGGACGCCGCAGCAGGCCACAGUCAAGAUAUCCCCGGGCACGCCCGGCGUCAAGCAGACAUACCAGGGCAAGGUGCUGAAGUCGCCGGCGCCCGGCUCGUCGCAGCAGAUCAAGGUGGCUGCCAUGACGCCCCAGGGAGUGACGCGCAUCGUGAGCGGCGCGGGCACCCCGGCCACGGUGCGCGUGUCCACGGCGCAGUCGUCGCAGCAGAUCGUGAUCGGCGCGCCGGGCGUGGCGGGCUCGCCGCGCUUCGUGCAGGUGAAGACGGGCUCGGGCGGCGUGCCCGUCAAGCUGGGCGGCGGCAACGUGCCCGUGAAGUUGGCGGGCGGCGCGCUGCCGCUCAAGAUCGGGCCCGCCGCCGUGCACGGCAAGCUGGCCGCCAACACCGUGCAGAAGGUGGGCACGCCGCUCAAGCUGGGGCCCGGCAACGUGAAGAUCGGCGCCAGCAACGUGCUGGUGAAGACGACGAGCGGCGCGCCGCUGGCGACCGCCGCGGGCAAGGUGACGGGAGGCGUGCCCGUGAAGCUGGGCGCGGGCGGGCUGCCCGUGCUGGGCGGCGCGGGCGGCGCCAUCAAGAUCGCGGGCCAGCAGAUGAACGCGCCCGUGUACAAGAUCGUGACGGCUAAGCCGGGCGAAGCGGCGCCCACGACGGCGGCGGGCGGCGCCGGCGCGACGGUCCUGCGGCAGGCGGGCGCCAACGCCGGCAUCCCCGUCAUCAUCAAGAAGACGCCGGGCGGAGGCGCGCCCGCGGGCGCCGCGCCGCAGUACGUGACGCUCGUGAAGACGUCGACGGGCAUGACGGUGGCCACGGUGCCCAAGAUGGCGAUGAUGCAGAGCCGGCCCGCGGUGUCGGUGAGCGCGGCGCAGGGGCUCGCGCCGGGCGCCACCAUCGUCAAGCUGGUGUCGGCCAACUCGGUGGGCGGCAACAAGAUCAUCACGCUGCCCUCGAAUAUGCUGCAGCUGGGCAAGGCGGGCAGCGGCGGCAAGCAGACCAUCGUCAUCACGAAGGCGGCGAGCCAGGCGCAGCAGGGCCAGCAGCAGUGAGGCCGGCCGCGCCGCCGCGCUGGUUGUACAUUUCCGAGAGAACUCAGUGAGUGAGGUGAUUGAACUAUAAUAAUACAACAUACUAUAGAAUAUUUUGAAUCACUUGAGUUUUUAUAUGUUAAUGGGUCUGUGUAGCGAAUGUUCUCCUGAGAGAUGCUAAGAUAUUUUAUUUACUCUUGUAAUGCUUUUAUUUUGGAAGUUGUCUGUUUGCACCUCUACCCUUCUCGCAAUGAUCUGUCUUGUUAUACAGCUCAAACCGUUGGUUUGUCACUCUGUCUCAAUGAGUAUUUUUGUCAUGGAUGAAGUAGUUUUACUGAAGUGCGCAAGUGCCUGCAGCCCUGCCGUGAGCCACUGACGGGUCGAAGGGGACUUAGACUAUCACUUGUAAACUUAAAUAAUUAGAUUUUAAAAAGUUAAUUCUAUUUGAAGUUUAUUAUUUUGUGUUUAUAGAUUUAUUUCUAAAUUAGAAUAUUUUUGUAUGUAAUGGUUAUUAUAUUAUACAGUAAAGAGUAAAUUGUGUACUGUAAAAUCUUUGAUCAUGACUUUUGGUGGAAUGCUGCCCAUCUGAAUGUGUGGGCUCUCAUGUAGUGUGUCGCUUGGAAGAUUUCAAUUGUAGAUAUGCCCUGACAACAAACAAUAUUCUAUUAUAACAGUUUCCAUGUUAAUAGGCUAGUUGACACUUUUUUUAAAUGGUAUUAAAUAGUUCAUUAUUGUUUUACUAGACUAAAAAAAUUGUUUUCAUAUAUUAUAUAUAUAUAUACGUAUAUAUAGGUAUACAUAUUUUGGACCCUUAUUCCAUGUAUUACACGAAAUUGUUUAUAUUAAAUUUGACGAGUCAACUACCCUAUUAUAACGAGAUCCAGUUAGACUGCUGACAGCAGAUCUACAUGUAAGGAAUCACUAUUGGCACUUGUCUUCCGUGCAUAGCUUUGAGUUCUGUGUAUUGUUUGUGAAGGUUUAGGAGCUUGGGACAGAUGGCUGAGCAUACUCUGUAUUGGAUAGUAAUAUAUUUGACACCUGCUUGUAAUGGCUGACACAAAGUCGGGAAAGUGCACAAAGUGCAAUUUUCUAGUGUCAGCCAUUAGAAACAUGACCUAGAAUUAGUUAAAUCACAAUAUAAUAUUAUAUUAUGCACUAUUUAAGUUUUGUUUAUGACAAACCAUUGUUGAUGUUUGUGGAACAUGUUUCCAUCUUUUUACAUUUGAGACUUGUGUUUGGAGGCUAUUUUUGUGCCGUUUUCACUUUACUAAUCAAAACUCCCGGCUAAGACUUUGGUUGACAUGAGAAUCUGACUAUGGUGGACUACAAAGACUACACUAGCUGAUAUAAAAAUGUCUGAAGUAAUAUAAUAUGUAGGUAUAUAUAAAUACACACACACACACACACACCACAUUUUAACAUCAAAUGAUUAAAAUCCUUAUUAAUUUUAAAUGGAUUUUAUUUCUACUCAUCAUCAUGACGAUGUCUUUAAUUACAAAAAAAAUACUUGGAUAUUUCUAGGUAUUCUUGAAAAUAUUUUAUUUGGAUAUCUAGGAUUUUGCUGAUAUUUUUAUUAAAUUAAUUGGCCAUUGAAACUCAAUAAAGUUGUGCUUCAAAUGCUUCAUAAUGGUUGUGUCUUUCUUCAUUAUUUAAAUACAUAUUUUUGAUAACAUUGUUUAUUUAUCAAUCACAUUCAUUAAUUUAAAUAAUUUUGAUAAGUAAAAAUAAUAUCAUAAAUCUAUAAAAACAAAUUAUAAUUGAAGUGUAUGUGUGUAAUUUUAAAUUAUCAGCGUUCUCAAUUUUCAUCUCUGUUCUGAAUAGUCUCUGAAACGGUUAUACUGAUUUUGACAAGACUUUCACUGACAGAUAGCUGAUGUUUGGAUUAACUAAUUUGUUCUGAUAUUCCUACAUAAAUGGGAUAAUAUGUGUGUGUAAAACAACACUGCUAGUAUUCAAUACAAAUUUUACAAAAUACAUACACUAUACAUACAGAUCUUUUGAUUUUGUCAUAGUCAGUUCUAUGCCUAUAAAAAUUAGUGCCUGGGUCAAGGAAAACUUGGAGAUGACCAUGUUUAAGAGGCUGUUAGACAUUUUUAAGAGGUGUUUGGCAAAUGCUGAAAGAGAUACCUUGUCGCUAUGUCAGCUGUUACUUCCGUGCAUCUCAUUAUGGUAUGGUGUAAGCAUGGCUUGACAAAUAUUAUAAUAACUAUAAAUAAUUUAUAUACACUUGUUAUUUUACCAAAAUAAGUUAAAAGACGAGUAGAACAAAAAAAAGUUUUAUUGCCUUAAAAAUAUUAAAUGGGAAAUAUACUCAAGACUUGAUAUGCUACUUAUAAAAUUUUGGUAGAUAUUUGUUUAUGCAUAAUAUAUUCAAUACACAAUGUAAUAAGGAUUUUUUUUCAUUGUUAAUUGCACAUGUAUAUGUAUAUUACUGUAAAGUUGUACUAUAAUUGGUGCAAUAAUUUAGCAUCUUAAAAAACUUUGUGUUUUGAGUUUAUAGUAGUUGAUGAAUAGGACAAAAAAUUUUACUAAUGAAUUAUAAUACUUAUAUUUCAGUCUAUUGUUUAGGUGUAUUUGGAAAAAAUAAAGAAAAUAAUAAUUAUGUAUUGACCAGACAAAAGAUGCAGGCUAAAAUCAGUGUAUUAUAAUUAUGUAUUCAUCUAUUUACAUCUUAUUUUCAUAUGCCUAGCAAGUCUAGUUUGUUAUGUUUAGGUAAAAACAAAGCAAAUGCAAUACAAAGUUUCAGCUUUCACCAAACCCCUCGUCAAAAAUUGCAACACCCUCUUUGGCCAAUAAACAGAAAUGCAAGUUGGAUAUGUAAUAGACAAUUUACUCUCCACAUAUUUGUCACAUAGCUCGACAUUCUACAUGACAAUAAAUUGCUAUAUAUCAUUUGGGGUAAUUUCAAGGGUGGUAUUUCUCAAAAGCACCCCUGUGGGCCAGUACAGUAAACGAAAGAUCUAAUUAAAAGGAGAAUAUUUGAUCUAUGAGUAAUGUACUAAGGUCUCAUGUUGCCUCGUGAUGUAAGAAAAGUUCUUUGGUCAAGAUCUGACUUGGCUUGAUUGCCAAGUAAGGUGUCGACCAAAGGACCUGUUCUAAAUAAAUUGAUUAUUUUGUAUAUUAUUGAUGUUUUUAUACUAAGUAUAUAUGUUUUCAACUGUUUUAUAUGGGCAUGGAUUUCUGUUUAUAAGUUUUGUGUGUACCUAGUUGCUCCUAAGAGUCCAGAGUUUGUGCAUAGUUUUAUUAUAUAAGAGUUGAUAUAUAUACCAUUUGGUAUAUAUUGGUAAAUGAAAGGUUAUUGACUGGAACGUGAACAUGGAAAGCGAGAUUUUAUAUUAUCAAAUUAUUUAUUUUAAUACAAGAUCAAUUCCUCAAUGAUGAAGGUCGAGUUGUGACAAGUGUGGGAGGACCUCCCAAUAUCAAUGAUAACUAAUAUUAUUGUAAUAUUAAUGUAAUUGACAUAAUAAAAAUAAUGCAGAAUAUUUUCAUUUCCAAAAGUUUUCGAGUAGCAGACCAUGUAAGUUAAAAAAAACGAGAUUUUUACAAAUGAAAAGUUCUGCAUUUAAUUUUUAGUAGUAUUAAGGUUUUAUUUGUAAUCUACAGUAAUAAGUAAAGUGUAAAUAUAAGUAGAUAAAUUUAAUGUUAUAGUUUGUUCAUAUUAUGUUCAAUUGCUUGAAUAAACGAUUUGGUAAA